AUGCCCCCUCAAGAUGCGCCCGCCGUCCGCUUUGCUUCUUCCGUCCAAGAGAUCGCCCCGACCGUCACCACGACAUCACCAACAGACACCGAGUCUCCCACCGACGCCGCUACCGGAGCGUCCUUGGCCGAAGUUACGCCCGACGAGCUGAGAGCCCUAUCCAAAUCCCUCCAAGGUGCACCGUUGCAGCAGCGCCGGAUGAAUGUAUUCGGCUUCGAACCAUACUCGCUACCUGCAUCUCGCGUUUGCUCGCGAGAGGACGAGUCUGAUAACAGCAGGCUCCCAACCCCGAACUCCAGCGGGCCAAGAUCGCCGCGUUUUGGUCCGUCACAUCCGAUGCAGUCACCUCCUUUGACACCGGCAGGGACUGAUCCUUCAGAUCCGGCAGCAAAGAAGAACGAGCAUCAGGAUGGGGACAGGAAACCUUCCUCAAGCGAGCCCUCCGUCAUCACUCCUCAAGCAUCGUCCUCUCAUGAUUCACCACCGUCGUCGGCAAGAAAGUCCAUGCCUAUCCGAGGCAAAUCGAGCGAGGAAGUCGCUACACGGUCAGCGUCUGCCGAGGAACGAGAAUAUGACACGAGGUCCCACAGGAAGGGCAUGUUUUCUAUCGGCGCAGGAGGAUCCGUCCCUGUCUCGCGAGAGUCCAGCCCAUCUCGAGCUUCUCUGUAUUACUCCAAGCCGAUGACCCCCGGUGGGGACGCCAACGAUCCUUACGCCGCCCACAAACGCCAACCGCCGCCGUCGAAUCCGCAGCGGGGCCAGAUUGACUCGAGAUUUGUAUUCUCGCGUAGGAAGAACAAGCAUGGGUCGCCCUCUGGCUCUACGUCGAGCUUGGGCCGAGCAAGCGACAAACGACACUCGGGUCUUCUCGGUGGCCUGAAGGGCCAUGGCGAUGAACUGCAUGUUCCUCACGACGAUUCAGCUAGUAUCUCAAGCAGGCAAGGCUCAUUUGCGGACCUCAAGCGGUUCUUCAAAGUCGGCGGGCAUAACAAGAUGAAGAGGGAAGCUUCGCCCUCCUCUGUGAGGUCUGGUGCUAGAACCCCUCCUACGAGAGGGUCGCAACACCAGCUUCCCUUUGGGGAUGACCAUGGUCUUUCUUCCAAGUAUGGAAAGCUCGGCAGGGUGCUCGGGUCAGGUGCUGGAGGCUCUGUUAGGCUGAUGAAACGAAGUGACGAUGGCGUUGUCUUUGCUGUCAAGGAGUUCCGGCCGAGACAUUCAUACGAAACCGAGAAGGAAUAUGUCAAGAAAUUGACGGCCGAAUUCUGCGUCGGAUCGACUCUGCACCACGGCAACGUCAUCGAGACGUUGGACAUCCUCCAGGAGAAGGGCAAGUGGUACGAGGUUAUGGAAUACGCUCCGUAUGACCUUUUCGCCUGUGUCAUGACGGGCAAAAUGACGCGUGAAGAAGUCGGUUGCUGUUUCUUACAAAUCCUCAACGGCGUGACAUAUCUCCACAGCAUGGGUCUUGCACAUAGGGACUUGAAACUCGACAAUGUCGUGGUUAGCGAGCAUGGUAUCAUGAAGAUCAUCGACUUUGGUAGCGCUCAUGUCUUUAAAUACCCCUUUGAGAACGACAUUGUGCUCGCCUCAGGCAUCGUGGGAUCCGAUCCAUAUCUGGCCCCCGAGGUUUAUGACGAGCGAAAAUACGACCCCCAGGCGGUCGAUAUCUGGUCGCUUGCCAUCAUCUUUUGCUGUAUGACAUUGCGAAGAUUCCCCUGGAAGGUCCCUCGCAUGACCGACAACUCAUUCAAGCUCUUCGCGGCGGAGCCGACACCGGGUCACGACCCCAAGAAGCUCAUCACGCUUUCCAAGUCGACCAACGAUCUCGAAAACACUCCGCAUCGGGAUUACUUUGAGGAAGGCAAGCAUCAAGCUCGUAAGCAGGAGCACAAGGAAGCUGAAGGUCAGGCAUCGCAAGGGAGCUCAGCACAAGCAUCAACUCGGACCGAUGGGCAGCAAACGGAAAAGAAAGAGGUCAUACGGGGCCCUUGGCGAAUUUUGCGCCUGCUUCCUCGCGAAUCUCGGCAUAUCAUCGGACGCAUGCUUGAGAUCAAGGUUAAGGAGCGCGCAACGAUGCAAGAAAUACUGGAUGAGCCAUGGGUUGCGAAUACGGUCAUCUGCCAGCAGCCAGAGCCUGGUCGUGUGAUCCACGCCGAGGACCACGUCCACACCCUCGAGCCACCCCAACCACCCAAGUAG